AUGGAGACGGACGAUGACGACUACCAUCCGCGGGACAAAAAUCGCGUGGACUCCAGCUCGGACGGAAGUGAAUCAGACUCGGAUUCUGUGAUUCCUGCUUCAAGUUGGAAGCGCACCGACAACAAGAAGAGGCCCACCACCGUCGACACCGAAUCAGACUCUGAGCCGGUAAGCCCAGCCUCAAAGCGCAGACAAGCUCGCAACCAGAAGGCAGCUGUGGCUAAAGUAAAGAAAUCAAUUCGAAAACAGUCCCCUUUACCUACGAAAGGACGCACAAUGGCUUCAUCUAAAGCCACAAGAAGCCGAACCACCUACUCUACUACCUCCACUACAAUGUUCAACCGGCCUGCUACUGGGUCCUCCACAUUGAUCUCAAAACCCAAAGUUAAGACCACUGAAACCAAGGCCAAGACAGCCAAAACUCCGACGAACAGCUCCACCAUCACGAAUAUAGCAGACAUCCACAUGACUCUGCACGUUGGGGAUGAAGUCCAAGCCUGGCAAAAGAUCGACAUCGACUUUGCCAACAAGGAUUCAGUCAAAGCUGCUCUAAAAUGGGUCGAAAUGCGUUUCCAAGAAGCAGAGAAAGCGGCAGCUUAUGGGGGCUUCUAA